CCGCGUGCCGCAGCCAGCGUCGCCUGCCGCCGCCGCGCGCCUCCGCCGCCCCGCGCCGCUGUCGCCGCCGCCGCCGGGCUCGCUGGCUGGCCAGGUGCGGGCGCCGGGCUCCCGCGGGAGGACAGGACAGGCAGCGCCGCCACCGCCGCUUCGGCCCGGGCCCGGGUCUCGGCCCCGGCCCCGUCCCGGGCCCCGGCCCCAGUCCCCCUCUUGGCCCGGCAAUGAAGUGUCACUACGAGGCGUUGGGGGUGCGGCGCGACGCCAGCGAGGAGGAGCUCAAGAAGGCCUAUCGGAAACUGGCCCUGAAAUGGCACCCAGAUAAAAAUCUGGAUAAUGCUGCAGAAGCAGCUGAACAAUUUAAAUUAAUUCAAGCAGCAUAUGACGUGUUGAGUGACCCUCAGGAAAGAGCAUGGUAUGAUAAUCAUAGAGAGGCCUUACUUAAAGGAGGGCUUGAUGGAGACUAUCAAGAUGACAGCCUAGAUUUGCUUCACUAUUUCACUGUUGCCUGUUAUUCUGGCUAUGGGGAUGAUGAAAAGGGCUUUUACGCUGUCUACCGUAAUGUUUUUGAAAUGAUUGCAAAGGAAGAACUAGAGUCUGUGUUAGAGGAGGAUAUGGAGGAUUUCCCAACUUUUGGAGACUCCCAGAGUGACUAUGAUACGAUAGUCCAUCCUUUCUAUGCUUACUGGCAGAGUUUCUGCACUCAGAAGAAUUUUGCUUGGAAGGAAGAAUAUGACACACGGCAGGCUUCAAACCGCUGGGAAAAACGAGCCAUGGAAAAAGAAAACAAAAAGAUUCGAGACAAAGCAAGGAAAGAGAAGAAUGAACUUGUACGUCAGCUGGUAGCUUUCAUUCGUAAAAGAGAUAAAAGAGUGCAGGCUCAUCGGAAACUCGUGGAGGAACAGAAUGCGGAGAAAGCCAGGAAAGCCGAGGAGAUGAGGCGGCAACAGAAGCUGAAGCAGGCCAAACUGGCAGAACAGUACAGAGAGCAAAGCUGGAUGACCAUGGCCGAUUUGGAGAAGGAGCUCCGGGAGAUGGAGGUGCGGUAUGAGAAGGAGUUUGGAGAUGGAUCAGAUGAAAACGAAGUGGAGGAACACAGACUCAGAGAAGGACAGGAUGGUAAGGAAAGUGAUGAGGCCGAGGAGGCUGAGCUCUAUGAUGACCUUUACUGCCCAGCGUGUGACAAGUCUUUCAAGACAGAAAAGGCCAUGAAGAAUCAUGAGAAGUCAAAGAAGCAUCGGGAAAUGGUUGCCUUAUUGAAACAACAGUUGGAGGAGGAGGAGGAAAACUUUUCAGGACCUCAAACAGAUGAAAAUCUAUUGAAUGCCAAUUCUGAGGAAGUAAUGGAUGAUACACCUAAACAAAAGCUUUCUAAAAAACAGAAGAAAAAGAAACAGAAACCAGCAGAGAAUUUUGAUGACAACUUCAAUGAAAAUGGAACUGAAGAAGGAGUAAAGAUGGAUCCAGAAGAUACUAAUAGCUUAAAUGAAGACAAUGCCAAAGAAUUGGGAGACAGUCCCCAAGAAAAUGUGACCAUUGAACCAUGUGAUGAUCUAAAAAGUGAAGCUAAACAUGUUCCAAAACCCAAAGGAAAGAAAACCAAAGAUAUGAAAAAGUCUGUUAAAGUACCUGCUGAGCCACAAACAGUGAGUGAUGUUCUUAUCAGCUGUACAACCUGCCACAGUGAGUUUCCAUCCCGGAAUAAACUUUUUGACCACCUAAAGGCCACAGGCCAUGCAAGAGCCCCUCCAUCAGCAUCAUCAAACAGCUUAACAAGUACUCGAAGCAAGAAAGAAAAACGUAAAACCAGAUAGAAAAUCUGCUAAUCCUUUUUUUUUUUUUUAAACUGUCUCUAGAUUUUGAAACCAAAAACUGAACUGAAAUCACCUAAAGAGUUAAAAUUUCAGUGAUCUGCAAUUUAUUGCAUUGUGGAAGAUUAUUUUUUAUCUUGUAAAGACAUUUUUUUUGUUUAAUAUAUAUUUUUUAAACAUUUCACUAGUGAUUGAAUUCUACUUCUGCCAUCUGAAUUGACUUGAAUGUCUCAGCACAGGUAAAUAUUGUAAAGCGUGUAUCUUCUCAUGUGGACAGAAAUGUACAGGGUGAAUUAAAUUAUUUUAACACAUACA